GUGCGCUGUAUCCCUCGGACACAGCGGAUCACCGAUCAUGGAAAGAGCUGAAGAUGUCGGCUCGGUCAUGUGAUCAGCUGUGUCCAAUCAUAGCUGAUCACAUGGGACAUGUACACUGAUCAUCAGGGCACUGAUGAUCAGUGUGCCCUGAUGAUCAGUGCAGCCCCAGCAGUGCCACCUGUCAGUGUUUAUCAGUGCCUUAUGUCAGUGCUUAUCAGUGCCAUGUAUCAGUGCUGCCUUUCAGUGCCCAUCAGUGAUGCCUGUCAAUGCCCAUCAGUGCCACCUACCAGUGCCUCCUCAUCAGUGCAGCCUAUCAGUGCCCAUCAGUGCAGCCUCAUUAGCGCACAUCAGUGAAG